GAAUACUUCCAAGUUAAAAAAGUUUAUUUCAAAGACAAAAAUGUUUACAUUUUUAGUUAUUUGCCUAACAUUGUUCAAUAAUGUUUCACCUUCCUCUCAGUAUGGUACAAAUCGAAAGACCAUUUACGGUUGGAUUCGUGGAAAAGUGAGCUCGCGUGUUCCAGGAUUGAAAGUUGAGGAAUACUUAGGGGUGCCUUAUGCAUUGCCUCCUAUUGGACACUUUCGUUUUAAGAGACCAAAGGAACCAGUCAGAUGGUACCCUAUUGUAUUAAAUACAACGAAACUGCCCCCUGCCUGCCCUACUGUUAAUCUAGACUACAUACAAUUCCACAAACCAGGUUUCAAAAACCUCAACGAAGACUGCUUGUACAUGAACAUUUAUAAACCUUUGAGCCAACGACGAAAGCUGCCAGUGUUAUUUUUUAUACACGGAGGCUCCAAUGCUGAUGGAAUGGGUGCAAUGUUUGACGGGGACAUAUUAGCGGCUCACGGACAAAUAAUUGUUGUGACAUUUAAUUACAGAGUUAGCGUGCUAGGAUUUUACGCCAAUGAAAGUCUUGGCAUAAAGGGAAACAAUGGGCUGAUGGAUCAAGUGCUGGCAAUGAAGUGGGUUCAGAGGAACAUUAGAUAUUUUGGUGGAGAUCCAUUUAGAGUUACAAUACAUGGACACAGUUCAGGGGCAGCUGAUGUUGGUGCACACUUAAUUUCACCUCUGACUAAAGGUUUGUUUAGAAAUGCCAUUAUUCAUAGUGGAUCGCCACUUGCAUACUGGUUUAUGUCAAAAUGUGUGAGGUCCGGUAACACGUUAGUCAUUCCAAAAGAAUGUAGACGAGGAACCAGUUUAGUCACAAGUGAGGCGCGUAAAGCAAAGAUAAGAAAGUUAGUGGAAGGUUCUUCAACUACUGAUUUCUUCUCACCGUAUUUCCCUCGUCAGAUCACAGGAAAUAGCAGUUUGCAAUCAUACCAAACACGAACCUUAAAACGAAUGGAUCCUGUUUUUGAAAGUGUUAUUGAUGGAGAUUUCAUUACUGAUAGUCCCGACAAACUGUUUACAUGUGGCCAGUUUCAUGCUCAUUCAGUUUUGAUUUUAAUGGCACGCGAUGAAGGACUACAAGCCUAUCCACCAAGUAUUAAACGUUAUUAUGAUUAUAAAACAAUUGAUCGUUUUAUAGCUGAGAACAAGGACUUGUUUCCUGAAAGAAAACACUUUGAAGAAGACAUUAUGAGAGUAAACAAGGAAUGGAUAAAGAACAAUAUUUCAACUUUUCCUCACUAUUUACACAUGCAUGCAGACCUUGGAUUUUUUGCUCCAAUGAUAAAGCUAGCUGAUAGAAUUUCGGAAGAAUUAAAGAAAGUUUUCAUACUUAGUUUCCAGUAUAUCUCAGAAAAUAAACCAGGACCAGACUGGACAGGAGUACAACAUGGAUGGGAUUUGUUUUAUGUAUUUGGAGUGCCUACAAUUGGACACCCGAACUUCUCAUAUACACGACGUGAUGCAAGAGUCUCUAAGGACACGAUGCAUCUUAUCAGUGAAUAUGUUCGAAAAGGUUUUACCAGCUCAAAUGUGAUGAAAAUGGAACUUUACAAUUCAUCUAGUAGAUCAUAUAACAAACUGGAUUAUGUUGACGGGAAGACCAUUCUGACAAAUAAUUUUAAUUUCAGGAAACCAAGAAUAGACUUUUGGUACAAGUAUCUGUAUGCUUAUGAUAAUUAUGAAUGUUAUAGAAAUUACAUUAGACAUGGAUGAAUGUAUUACUGAUUCAAAUAGUCAAUGUCUUUUACACAUAACGAACUUGGUAUUGGUAUGCAUUUGCAAUUAGUGCGACUGAAUUAAUAAAAGAUGCAAAUUCAA